AUGCUGCGCUCCAAAACUGCCCCAGACACAGUCGUCAUGGGGCCACCACCCCAAAAGCGCCGACCGAAAGAGCCCUUGCCCAAUAAUACGAAGCGGCAGCAACGUACUUCUCCCAGGCUAGCUAACAUCAGCGUAACCGACGAUGCUUCGUCCUCGCGCCCCUCCGCUCCUCAGCCAAAACCAGCCCAGUCCUUCAAGGAGCGCCUCUUUGCCCGUCCACAGAAGAAACGAGAGCCGACACCAGAGCCUGCAAAGAUCGCGCUUCACUCCCUGCCUCAAACCACCAUUGCCCCCUUCUUCAAGAAGAUCCAAGCCGCCUUUGGAGAAGAAACCCAGCCUCCAAAACAUAAACAGAGGCAGAAACAACAAGAGAAAGAACAAGAGGCUGUCCACAUUUCCGCCCUUCCUCUCAAACGCCAGCCAACAGUCCAAACCCGCAAAAGAAAACGUGACUCCCCUGCUAAAGAAGACGCCCUCUCCUCCGAAACUGAAGAGAUGCUCGCCGAGCUCCGAGCCCACUACCUAACAUCCGCCACCACCCUCCACUCGCACGCCCUCACCUCCCUCGUCAAAGCGCACUCCCUCCUCAUCCAAAAGCUCGACGACGGCAUCGCCUCCUCCGAUGAGGACUUCCUCCAGCGCGCCGAGAAGCGCGCCCGUAAGCUCUCGCUACCGCUGUCCGAGUUCGCCAUCCGCUCUGACCAGCGCGGGAGUGAUGGCGUGUUGAGGAGUGAGAAGCAUGUGGUUAGGGAGUUGGUGAAGGGGGUUGAGAAGAAGCUGGGGGAGGCGGAGAGGGAGAUGGAGGGGUUGUGGAGGGAGUGGGUGGAGAGUGAGAGGGGGUUGGAGAGGGUUUGGGAGGAGGUUUGGGGGGAGGUUGAGGAGCUGGGUAAGGGGAGGGGUGGAGAGGAGGGGGGUGAUGAGAAGGGAAGGGCAACUAGAGGGGAGUUGGGUUUUGGGGCGGAGGAUGGUGAGGGUGAAAAUGUUCUUGAGGCGAGCGGAGACGCUGAAAAGGCACUCGAAGCUGAAAAGAACGAUGAGCGGGAUGUGUUGAGCAAGUAUGAGGAGGCUAUCGAAGAGGAGAUUGAGAAGGCGGAGGAAGAAGUGACGAAGUUGACCAACUUGACUUAUCAGAUGAUGAAGGAUCUUGAGAAGGACUAUCAGAAGGCGAUCAUCCCGGAUUUGCACCUCUUCUACACCUCGAUUGAGGAUGUUUGA